AUGCCACCAAAUUUGUUGAGGUCACGGUUGAAGAAUGAGUUGGCGAGCUUUAAUUCUAAUCCUCCUCCUGGACUUUCACUGUCAGUUCCUUGUGAAUAUGAGAUGCGACAGAUUGUAGUCUUGGAUGAAAAUAGCCCAUACAAAGGAGGUAUCUUUAAACUUGCUGUUAGCAUUCCAUAUAGAUAUCCAUUUGAUCCGCCACAAGUGAAAUUCAACACUCCAAUAUACCACCCAAAUAUUGAUUCGCAGGGUCGGAUAUGUCUGAACUUAUUAAGUAAAGGGACAGGUCCUGAUGGGUGGUCAUGCUCACUGACCAUUGAAAAAGUUCUCCUUAGCAUUCAGGCCCUUAUAUCUAAUCCAAACCCUGAUGACCCACUCGACCCAGAUAUUGCUCUUGAGUUUAAAAACAACCGACAAUUAUUUGAUGAAAAAGCUAAGGAACUAACAAAAAAAUGUGCUUCACAAAAUCCUAAGGUUAUAAAAGUUAACAUUGUGUAA